UGCCUUACGAAUGAUGCACCAAUCAAAUGGAGUCCACGUGCGGUGAGUCCAAAAGUCAUGUGCUUUGACAAAAAGAUACGCGACGUGUUUGUAUCUGUGCGGGUCAUUGGACAGUCAUUCUCAAGUGGCAUGGUGUUCAAUAUAUCCAUAAAUGUAUAAAUUAAUGCUUUGAUCACAUUAUCAUUGAUAUUAUAAUGAACCCUCCCCCUCCCUCCCCCUGGCCUCCUGCGCUUUCCGCAUUUCGUUUCGUUCAUCGUCGUUCAUCGUUGUCGUUUUCUUACUUUGCAAGUGUGCUUUUGUGUUGAAUCACAAAAACAGCAGCAAAUACCAUUCAAACAAGUCAAAGAUUCGUCUUUUACAUACGCAUAUCCACGCACAUUUAAUGACGAUGACGCUUGCAACCUGUCAAACGGAUCCUAUUCUGUCAAAGGGAAUGGAGAUGGAAACAAAGCUUCUCAAUCAGGAUGAGACGGUUGCCGCCCAGGCCUUGUUCAAGGCGCAACUCGAUGCCUUCUUGUUGAUGGCUACAGCUCGCCGUCAUCAACAACCGCCAACUCCGCCGCCUCAGCCUGCCGACCCCGCCCGGACCGCGACCGUGACCGCGUCCGUCAAGGUCCAACAAGAACCAAAGACAAUGGCAACCAUCACACCCAACACACUGGCACUGAACGGUUAUGCAAAGCUACUGCCGGCUACACACUUGACACCUAUGCCCUUCAACGACUUUCUUGCUGCUGCUGUCGCCGCAGCCGCCGCUGCCAAUAUACCUACAACUAGUUUACCCGCCAACGCCACAGUAGCAGCAACGACUGCAGCCGCGCUGCCCAGCAACAUUUUACCUGCAGCUGUAUCGUGCACAGCAUCGCAGCGUGCAGCUCAGUCGCUCCCGUACACGACAGCAGCAGCGUCAUUGCUGUCUCAGGCUUUGUUUGUCCACACAAAGAUUGAGGAUCAGGUCGCGCCAGCUGGAGCUCCGCCAUCACCGCCCUAUGACUCUGCCUUUGGGCGCAAGAGAAGAAAGGGUUAGGGUUAGGGUUAGGGUU